AAAAUUGAAAUUGCGAUUAGCGUUAGGAAAGGAGGGAACGUAAAGCAUGUUAUUUUCCCAUGCUUUCUCUACACCUCGCAUGAAUCCCUUCAGAAUUUGUGACAGAAUCUGUAAUUCUAAUUCGUCCAUUCAUUUGAGGAAUUUGUCUAUUGUUUCCCUCUCUAAAUCACAGCCCUUAAAAGUAGUUAAUAUUGUUGAUCAUGACGCCGAAUCUACCCGCGUAUCGAAUUUGCAAUAUCUUUUGCAGUUAUCUGCUAAAACAAAAUCUUUCAUGUCUGGAAGGGCAUGUCAUGCUCAAAUUAUUCGUGUUGGAUUCGAAACCGAUACAUUAACAUCUAAUAUGUUGAUUAAUAUGUACUCUAAAUGUUCUUUAGUUGACAAUGCUCGUAAAGUAUUCGAUCAAAUGCCGGUCAGAAGCGUAGUUUCAUGGAACACAAUGAUUGGAGCAGUUACCAAGAUUGAAGAUGAACAAGAAGCACUCAUGCUUUUUAUUCAAAUGCUAAGAGAGGGAACAUUGUUUAAUGAGUUUACUAUUUCCAGUGUUUUGUGUGAGUGUGCCUUUAAAUGUGCUAUACUUGAGUGUAUACAGUUACAUGCUUUUUCAAUUAAGGUUUCGGUGGAUUCAAAUUGUUUUGUUGGAACUGCUUUACUUCAUGUUUAUGCGAAAUGUUCUUCGAUAAAAGAUGCAAGUAAGAUUUUUGAGAGUAUGCCUGAAACAAAUGCUGUUACAUGGAGUUCGAUGCUAGCAGGGUAUGUGCAAAAUGGGCUUCAUGAGGAGGCAUUGUUGCUUUUUCGUGAUUAUCAAUUGAUGGGUUUCGAGCAGGAUGCGUUUAUGGUAUCGUCUGCUGUUUGUGCUUGUGCUGGCCUUGCAACUUUGAUUGAAGGGAAGCAAAUGCACGUUGUUUCUUGUAAAUCUGGAUUUGGUUCAAACAUAUAUGUUUCUUCCUCACUUAUAGACAUGUAUGCAAAAUGUGGUUGCAUUAAAGAAGCUUACCUUGUGUUUCAAGGUGUGGAAUUGGGAAGCAUUGUUUUAUGGAAUGCAAUGAUAUCUGGGUUUGCCAGACAUGCUUGUGCGCUAGAAGCUAUGAUCUUAUUUGAAAAAAUGCAGCAGAGAGGCUUCAUUCCUGAUGAUGUAACAUAUGUAUCUGUACUAAAUGCAUGCAGUCAUAUGGGUUUGCAUGAACAAGGGCACAAAUAUUUUGACCUCAUGGUUAGACAACAUAAUCUUCGGCCGAGUGUUCUUCACUACUCGUGCAUGGUUGACAUUCUGGGGCGUGCGGGACUUGUUCACAAAGCUUAUGAUUUGAUAGAGAGAAUGCCAUUUAGUGCCACUAGUUCUAUUUGGGGUUCACUUUUAGCUUCUUGUAGAAUUCAUGGCAAUAUCGAGUUUGCUGAGAUUGCAGCCAAGCAUCUGUUUGAAAUGGAACCUAAUAAUGCAGGAAACCACGUCUUGCUAGCCAACAUAUAUGCAGCAAAUAAAAGGUGGGAGGAAGUUGCAAAAGCGAGGAAGUUUCUUCGAGAGAGUGAUUUGAAGAAGGAGAGAGGUACAAGCUGGAUUGAAUUUAAGAAUAAGGUUCAUUCGUUUACGGUUGGCGAGAUAAAUCAUCCACUAAUCAAGGAGAUUUAUGCUAAAUUGGAUGAUUUGGUGAAAGAGUUGGAGAAGCUGAAUUACAAGGUUGAUACCAGUAAUGACCUGCACGAUGUGGAAGAGAGCAAAAAACAGAUGCUUUUGAGGCAUCACAGUGAGAAACUUGCUAUCACCUUUGGAUUGAUGUGUUUGCCCAGCGAUAUACCAAUAAGGAUUAUGAAAAACCUUAGAAUUUGCGGUGAUUGCCAUAAUUUUAUGAAAUUUUUGUGUAAGUUUACAAGCCGAGAGAUUAUUGUUCGAGAUACAAACCGUUUUCAUCACUUUAAGGAUGGGUUAUGUUCUUGUGGAGAUUUUUGGUGAACUUGUGACUUCUGAUAUGUAUGUAUUCUUUCACUUGACUCCAAAUAAAGGGAGAUUCACAUUCAUUCCCUCCUUCUUAAACAAUGUCGAAGAGAUCUUCAGGGGAAGGCUCGCCAUUUGUAAUCAUCAAUUCAUCUGUUGUAUACCAUGUAGGACUUCUAUUUUAUUUUUGACAAAGCUGGUUAGGGUAAUUGAGAAAAAGGGUGACACAAAAAUAUCAAGGUAUCUUGUGGGAAGCAAAAUAUCCAUGUAUAGGAUAAAAUGCAUUAAAGAAAGGUUCCAAAACAAUAAUCUUACUCUUGAAGUGAUCAUGGGUCUGAAUUUCAUUAAAUAUAGAGGAGUAUUUUUGUGACACAAAUAUUUCAUUAGGUCAUUAAUUAAUUCUACUAUUUUCUUUUUUUGUUAUAAAUUCUACUAUUUUCUUAACAUGUAGGACAUGUUAAGGAAAUAAGAAAAAUGUUAAUGUGUCCUGAGGGGACAUGUUAAAU